AUGAUUAUAUUAGCUGUCUACUACACCCUGGCUGAUAUUGUUCUCCUCGGCCAAUGCUUCUAUUACCGUGGCUUCAACAUUCGAGAGGAGUUCUCUCGUUCCCCAGCGGAGUCAACAGUUGCUGCCACUGGAGGAUUGAACAGUGCUGAAAAUACUGAGAACGUGACCUCGACAGCAACUGAAAGAUCAUCACUCUUACCACGAUCGAAUGGCCAUAUCGGGGAUGAGGAGCAACCUACCUUGACAUCUGCAGAACAAGGGCGCCGUGAUUCGACAAACUCCUUUCACUCAUUCCGAGGUCUUCUUAAUUCCAAUGUCGACGGGACGCACCUUUCACCCGCGACCCCAUUCGUUGAGCCAAGUGAUUCUGCCCGCCCACAGAAACGUCGGCGUCGCAUCUCCCCUGUCCAGGCUAUUUUAUUUAACAGUACCGCCAUUGCUCUCGUCUGCGCGGCCGGUAUUCUGGGCUGGUACUUCAGCCCAACCUCCAAAAAGCCCUCAUCUGAACCAGAACCACUGACCAUGGAUUUACGGGGCCAAAUAUUUGGCUACUUCUGCGCCGUUUUGUACCUCGGCUCUCGCCUCCCACAGCUGCUGCUGAACUUCCGUCGCAAAUCUACCGAUGGCGUUUCCCUGCUCUUCUUCCUGUUUGCCUGCAUUGGAAACCUAACCUAUGUCUUGUCCAUCAUGGCGUAUUCGCCUGUCUGUCGGGGCAGUGCAGAUGCGGAGUCGCUGCGCCAUCAGGGAAAGUGUCAACCCGGCGAGGCGGCUGCCAUCUACGGCAAGUACAUUCUGGUAAAUCUGUCAUGGUUGGUCGGCAGCUUCGGCACACUUUUACUGGAUAUGGCGAUCUUUGUGCAGUUCUUCUUGUAUCGGGAUGCUGAAGAGGAUGAUAAUGAUGAAUAG